AUGGAGGAUCUACUUAUAUGUCAGCACGAGCUUCUGGAGACCCUAAAAAGAGCUGAAACUAAUUACAAAAAGACGCCUAAGGAGAGGAUUAAGAGAAGUUACAUAGAAACGAGGUUAGAAACAUUAGAACAGCUUUGGAAAGACUUUAAAGACGGUCAUAAGAGUAUUAUUGUGAAAAUUACUAAACAAGAAGACAGAGAAGAUUCAUAUUUCGAAGAAAAUACCUAUGAAACCUUUGAAGAGUUGUACACACAAUACAAGGCCACCUUAAAGGAGCACCUUCAGCCGUUCUUGGAGCCAUCUACUCCUUCUUCACCACCUCCUCACACUUCUACACCGAUGGGUAAUGUACAGAAAUCAUUAGAUGAUGAAGUUAAGUUGCCUAUGAUCGAAAUACCUAAGUUCAGUGGCAAGUAUGAAGAAUGGCAGACGUUCUACGACUUAUUUUCUUCACUCAUACACAACCAUAAGCGCUUAUCACCUGUACAAAAGUUACAUUACUUAAAGGGUAACUUAGUUGGAGAACCAGAAGCAAUGUUACGCAAUUUUACUACAACUAAUGCAAACUAUACUGAGGCGUGGAACCUAUUAGUGAAGCGAUACAACAACAAGAGAUUUAAUUGCAAUGCAUUAUUGAAGUUAUUAUUUACACAUAAAUCAAUCAACACGGAGUCGGCGAGUUUAAUUAAACAAUUAGUAGACACCUUUUCUACCUGUUUGAAUGCUUUGAAAAAUAUGGAAGUGCAAACUGAUACCUGGGACUUGUUGAUUGUCUACUUGGUCGUAUCAAAGUUGGAUACUGAGUCUAUGAGACAGUGGGAACAGCAUCUAAGCGGAAGCAGCAUUGAAUUGCCUACCUGGUCGGAACUGCGAGACUUUCUAGAAGCUAGAUUCAGAUCAUUAGAGAUGAUAGACAAUAAUAAGAUCACUACGCAGAGGACAAGUCAACCUAAACCUAUUGUGAAACCUAAGACCUUCCAUACAAACAUGAACAGAGACGUGAAAACACACGACAUCAAGUGUGCAAUGUGCAGCGGAGAGCACUACAUCUACAAUUGCAAGAAAUUCGGAGAGAUGCCUACUAACGAGAGACAGAACUUCGUGCAGACCAACAAGCUAUGCUUCAACUGCCUCGCGCCGUCCCACUCGGUGCUGAGAUGCCGGCAGGCGGCGUGCUGCAGGCGCUGCGGGCGGCGCCACCACUCACUCCUGCACUUCGAGCGAGAGCAGAACACGGAGAAGCCCACUGAGAGUCAAACUACGAGUACAUCUACAGGUAUUUCGAGCGAGUCGUCGUCGAGAGGUAAGCCUUUGUCUAAUGAUACACACAUUGUAACCAAUUUUUCUAGUGAGCAAAUGAAACCUAACUGUGUACUUUUAGCUACUGCUAAUGUGAUAGUUGAGAGUAAAAAUGGUUGCAAAUAUAUGAUUAGAGCUUUAUUAGACCAAGGGUCACAGGCAUCAUUUGUAACAGAGGCGACCGUUCAAUUACUUAAUCUUAAACGAGAAUCAGUAAGUGGUUGGGUGUCAAGCUUGGGAGACGGGCAAACGAGAAUUAAACACAUGGUCUCACUUUGCGUGAAAUCACGCCACAAUCCCAAGGCAUCAGUUCGAGUAGAAGCGUACGUACUACGUUCACUUACAACACUUUUACCCACUACUAAACUUAGCACACCUGACGGGUUAAACUUCGAGAAUUUAGAGUUAGCUGACCCAGGGUAUGCCACACCAGGGAGAAUCGACAUUCUACUUGGAGCGGAGAUCUACAGCGACGUUCUACUGGACGGCGUCAUCAAACAUCCAAAAGGUAACUUACUGGCACAGAAUACUAUUCUAGGUUGGGUGUUAUCUGGAAGGAUAUCUCGAGAACCAAUCACCGCGCAGAGAAAUAUCACAAGCUUGCAUGUUCAUGUUAAAGAAGAUGAGAUGCUGAAGCUAUUUUGGGAGUUAGAAAACGAGCCUAAUAAAAUAGAAAAGAAAUUAUCAAGAGAAGAAGAAAAUUGUGAAGAGUUCUACAAUGCUACAACAGUUAGAGACGAGGAAGGAAGGUAUGUAGUAAAGCUUCCAUUUAAAAGCGAGAACCCAGAGUGUCAAAAUGGUCGAUUGAGAGAAGUAGCUGCCAAGAGAUUCGAGUACUUAGAGAGAAAGCUGACUAAAAACACUAAACUUCGCGAAGAAUAUCAUAAGGUAAUGGAUGAAUAUAUACAAUUAGAGCAUAUGGUUCCGGUGCAAGCAGCUGAUAUCGCCAAUCCUAAAGCAGUGUAUCUUCCUCAUCAUGCUGUCCUGAGGGAUGACAAAGACACAACAAAAGUUCGAGUUGUUUUCGACGCAUCGUGUAAAGGUAUGAAUAACAAGUCGCUCAAUGAUGAUCUCCUAGUAGGUCCUAAAUUACAACAAGACUUACGACACAUCUUGAUGCGGUGGAGAACACACAAAAUCUGUAUAACUGCAGACAUUGUCAAAAUGUAUCGAAUGGUACGCGUAGCUGAUGAAGAUACUGACUUCCAGAGAAUAUUGUGGAGAGAUGCACCAGAUAAGCCGAUUGAACACUACAGACUUUUGAGGCUAACUUUCGGGACUGCUUGUGCACCUUAUCUUGCUGUGAAAUCUCUACAAAGGCUAGCAGAUGACGAGAAACAUAAAUAUCCACUCGCUGCAGAGAUAACGAAGACGGAUUUCUACAUCGAUGACCUUUUGACAGGAUGCGACACAGAAGAAGAAGCCCUAACAAUCUACAAUGAGAUGAAUGACUUAAUGAGAGCAGGUGGGUUCGACCUUCAAAAAUGGAGUAGCAACAAUGAGAACGUGAUGAAAUACAUAAGUGAGAACAAGCGAGCUGAUCAAGAAGUUCCCCUCAAGGUCAACAGUUUGGUGAAAAUACUAGGAGUGUGUUGGAAUCGGGAUACAGAUAGUUUUGAAUAUACAUUGAAUAUGUUAGAGCCGAGACACCCGAUUACCAAACGUCAUAUUCUUUCUGAGGUAGCCCAACUGUACGACCCUGAAGGAUGGAUUGCGCCUGUCGUCGUUGUGGCGAAAAUGAUCAUACAGAAGUUAUGGAAGACAGGCCUAGACUGGGAUGAUUCUGUAGAAGGUGAGCUACUUGAAGAGUGGUUAACUUACAGACAAGAUUUGAGCAACAUUAAACACAUCACGAUACCAAGGUGGUCACACAACUCCACUACGUCGAAGACGGAGUUACAUGUGUUCGCAGACGCUUCCCAGGCAGCUUAUGGAGCAGCGGUUUAUAUCCGAGUCAUUGAAAACGAAAACGUUUAUGUGAGCCUCAUUACUGCCAAAACCAAAGUUGCACCUGUGGAAAAGCAAAUUUCUAUUCCUCGACUAGAGUUAUGCGGCGCAGCUAUGGCAGCUGCACUAAUCUCAGAAGUAUCUCAGGUAUUGAACAUCAACAAGGAAAAUCUGCACGCGUGGACAGACUCAACCAUCGUCUUGGCAUGGUUGAAAGGUGGAGCAAGUAGAUGGAGCACAUUCGUGAGCAACCGAGUGUCCACUAUACUCAACAUAUUAGACUACGAGCAGUGGGGUCAUGUUGCUACAGACAUGAACCCAGCAGACUAUGCCUCAAGAGGAUUACCAGCUUCACAAUUAUCGAGUCAGUCAUUAUGGUGGAGCGGUCCCGCUUGGCUAUCUGAAAACGACAUUAAUGUCAGCACACCAGACAUUGAAGAUACUCAUGAAGAAGAGAAAGUGAAGACUUUAACCGCUUUGAUAAACACAGAAGAUGAGCUAAUUUGGACAAAGUUUUCAAACUUACAGAGAAUGUUGAGAGUUAUUUCUUAUUGCAGAAGAUGGCUGAACUUAAAAGAAGCUAAAGAGAAACGCGAGAAACAUACACAAUUUAUAACAGCAGAAGAAAUAAAACAAACGUUGGAAAGUUGUAUAAAACAAGCACAAGAGAUAGAAUUCAAAGACGAGAUAAAGCAGUUAAAGUCUGAAGGAAGUGUCCCCAAAAAGAGUAAACUCCGUAAUCUUUGCCCCCUUCUUGAUGAAAGUGGCAUAUUAAGAGUCGGCGGUCGUAUCCAACAAUCGCAUACGGACUAUGACACACAGCAUCCUAUAAUAUUACCUGCUACGAGUCAUCUUAGCAGACUAAUUAUUGUAGAUGCCCACCAGAAGACAAUGCACGGAGGACCCCAACUAAUGCUGAAUUAUUUGAGGUCUAAAUUCUGGAUUAUGCGAGCGAGGGACCUAUCCAAGAAGAGUUAUCGAGAGUGUGUAACGUGCAUCCGAUACUCUGUGAAGAAUACAACUCAAAUAAUGGGACAGUUGCCAGAAGUGAGACUGAAACCCAACAGACCCUUCAAGUCAGCAGGUGUCGAUUACGCAGGACCCAUCAACAUUAGGUUUUCACCCGGUAGAGGUUCGAAAUCCUACAAGGGAUACAUAUGUUUAUUUGUGUGUAUGGUGACCCGCGCCAUCCACCUUGAAGCUGUCACGGACCUGACUUCAAAGGGCUUUAUCGCAGCGUUUAGGCGAUUUACUGGAAGAAGAGGCCAUUGUUAUGACCUCUAUAGCGACAAUGGCACCAACUUUAUCGGCGCAGACAAGCAGUUGAGAGAGAUGUUCAACAGCGCCAAAUCUACAUUUCCAGAGUAA